UUGGCAACACUGCGCUCAGCGCACACCGUUAAAAAUAAACACAGAACACAGUUAGUUGUUAUUAGUUGCUUGUGAUCUGUCACUAUUCUAGUUCUAGUUGUAAUCAAUCUUGGUAGACAUUUUAUAAAGUACUUCCGACUUUCUCGGAUCUGACUUCAAAGGUUUUACUUUACGAGAGAGUGGGCUCUCACCCGUUCUGAUGUGCUUCUGACUUAUCAUAUUCUGAACUAAUCAAUAUGCAGCGUGAAGAGAAACAGCUGGAUCUGGCAUUAGAUGCCAUCAUCACUCGUGUUAAUGAUUUGAAACAAUCUAUUUCAAACAUGAUUGUGAAAUUGGAAAUGGAACAUGAAACGCUCAAUUGGCCGACUUUCUUAGAUAAUUUUGCUCUCAUGUCUGGUCAGCUAACAGCUCUUACUAAAGUUCUCACACAUGAUAAGUGCCCAGCGCUACGAAACUUGGCUGUACUUCCUAUUCAACUCAGCCAGGAAAGAGAUACAGAGUUACUCAGAAUCACAGAGCAAAGAGUUCCUCAGUUCUCCCAUGAUUUGGCUCCUGACUAUUUGCGCACAAAGCUAGAACCUGAUGUAGAGCAGAGAAUGAUGCAGCUAGAAAUUAAGGCUGGAAAUAUGACCUUUGAUAUGGCGCAGAAACAGGUGUCAGCUUUCAAUAAAGUUAUGAAUCAUGUGUGGGAUAUUGUAAGUAAAGCAAGAGAAGAAUGGGAAAGUGAGUCUGGCUCCAGAACUGGCCCCCAACAGACCACUUCUAUUGGUGACACUCACCUCCUGGUGUCUGCCGUUAGUGCUGGAAAAAGUCUUAAGAUGCCCGUUCCUCAGGGUCAACCUGGACCUCAAGGAAUGAUGGGGCAAGGUCGACCAGGCAGUGGCCCUCCAGGUGGUCCAGUUGGAAUGAUAAAUCCAGGGCAACAGCAAAUGGGGCCUAUGGGUAAAGUCCCAAGUGGAAUUAAGACCAACAUUAAGGCUGCAUCUCAAAUUCAUCCUUACAAUAGAUAAGUUACUGUU